AUGCGUUCGCCGACCGGCAAGUCAGCCUUGGCUGCCCUGGCGGCCGCCGCUGGCACGGGCCCGGCCGCCGAGGUCGCGGCGCAGGGUGAUGUCCCUGAAUUCGCGGACGCCCAGGUGUUGCGCCACCGCAUCGGCCUGGUCCCAGCCGUGCUCCAGCAGCAGCCAGCCGUCCGGCGCGAGAUGACGCGGCGCGGUGUCGAUCAGCGUUUGCAGGUCGCUCAGGCCAUCGCCGCCGGGCGUCAGCGCGGCGGCCAUGGCCUGCGUGAUGCGAACCAGGAAGGGCAGCGUGACGACGAGCGGCAGCGCCAGCAGCCGGUUCGCCUCGGGCGUGCCCGCCUGCACCUCGAACAGCUGCUGCGCGGACGACGGCAGCGUGUGCACGUACUGCGCGAGCUGCAGCGUGACGGCGUGGUACCAAUCGGCAUUCACGCCGCUCUGCGCGCAGCGUUGGCGCUGGUUCAGGUGGAAGGCGGGCGGGUCGUUCCGAGCCCAGCGGCGGCGCAGCUCGGCCUGCAGUUCGGCCCGCAGCGUCGCGAGGAAGGCAUGGCCUUCGAGCUCGGCCUGGCGGCGGGCGAUGUCGGCGCGCAGGUCGUCCGUGUGCGCCUCCGCCGAGCCCGCGUCGCCGAGCAUCUUCAGCCGGCGCGUCUCGUCAUGCAGCUCCCACAGCAGGAUGCGGAAGUUGCGCUCCGGGCCCGUCGCGUCGUGCCCGGCGAUGUACUCGAAGGCAUCGUGCGCCUCCACGGCGCAGCGCGCCACCGCGGCCAUCGAGGGCACGUCCCACAGCUCCUUGGGCGUUCUCGUGCCCUGGUCCACCGCCAGGCGGCGCAGCGCCAGCGCGUGGGACAGCAGCUUGAGGAAGAUCUGCACGCCGUAGCGCAUCUGCGGCGUGCGCGCCUGCAGCCCGUCGAGCGACGAGGCCACGGCCUUGGCGUGCUCCAGCACGGCAUCGAACUCGCGCAGCCGGGCCCGGUAGUCUUCCCACGUGUUGAUCGCUUGCAGCAUGCUUGGCCGGUAGCUCAAAGAGCCGCGCAGGUUAAGCGAAGUCGCUCGCCUGCUGAAGGGGCCUUGCCCGGCGUGGCGCGGCCGCGGUGCAUCGGCGGAUGCGCGGCGUCACACGCCCUUGAAGAAGAGCCAGCCACGGGUCUGGCUGACGCGGGCUUCGCUGAAGGUCGCGAUGACGCGGAUUUCAUCGUGCAUGCCGAGAUUCCACACGCUCGGCCGGGCGUGGCUGGCUACCAGCUCGUGGGCGCCCGCCUUGUCCAAGACGUGAUGAAGCGUGAAGCCCUGGGCCUUGAGCAGGGUCUCCGUGUCGUCACGGGUCAUGCCGACGGGCAGGUGACCGGCGACGAUGCUCGAGAUGUCCACCGUCGUGUUGCGGUCGUGUUGGCGCAGCUGCUGCACGUCGGCCACGAGGCCGGUCGGCUCGGGCUCGCGAUCCGGGGCGCUGCGGGCAAUCAGGACCAAGCCCAACGUGAAAGUGCUGAUCGGCAACGUCAAGGCGAUGCGCCUGGGCUGGCUGCUGUUCCUGCUCGCCGGCGGGUACUGCGUGACGGCCGGGCUGGCGGCGCUGGUCGUCGCAGCGCGCGGCCCGGGCCUGGUGCCGCAUGCCUUCCUGUUCCUGGUGUUGGGUCUGGCGAUGCUCGGCGGCGUCGGCCUGGUGCGGGUGGCCUUCAGGCGCAGGUUUGUCGCUCAGUGAGCGUGCGGCGUGUCGGCGUAAUAGCCGUCGCCGCGCAGCUUGGGGAAGAGCCGGUCGCGCAGCCGGUCGGCGUCCUCGUUCUGCCAUUCGCGGUCCCAGGGCGUGACCGCCAGGUCCGUGGCGGCCAGCACGCGCAGCAGCCGUUCGCGCUUGCGCAGGUGGCGGGCCUGGUCGUCUGCAACAGGCAUGAGCACGACCGACCGCACGACGCCGUGCUCGUCGCACAGCGCGAAGUCCACCGUCAGCAGCCCCGUGCGGGACAGCCACUCGCGGAAAGAACUCGACACUCCGACACUACGUAUAUAAACGGUCCAAAAUCAGCGAUGCUGUGGUUCCAGAGCUCCCUUGGGAAGGAAUGA